CUCAAUUCUCUUUGCCGCAGCAAGGGAUGGCAACUCAAGUGAUUUCAGCGCCACCGGCACAUUUUCUUCCUCAACAGUUUCCAUAUCAUAGCGACAUGACAUCUUCAUACCAUCAAUAUGAGACGAUACCAUCGAGCCAUGGUUCGUACAGCCCUGGAGACUCGAGACAAUCACAUCUUAUGGUAUCUCCUCCAACCGCAAAUUCCGAGGUUGCGUUUCGGCGACGAUCUUCUCAUUCACCGCAGUCAGGCUUGGUGGCACCCGUACCUCACGAUCGGACCCCUAUCCGGCACAACAGGACCAACACUAUGCGUGAUCGCAGCCACAGCCGAGGCGACAUGUUACUGUCCUACGCUGCCGAGCAAAAUGCCCUGCAUCAAUCCCAAUCUCUCCCGUCCAUGACAGGCAUGCGAUCACAAAGUGGACCCGGUAUGGCGCAAAUGUAUGGAAUACCUACCUAUCAUAUGUCGCCACCAUUACCUAGUUUUCCGCAACAAGGAGGUUAUUUUGGUUCUCACAUCCAAGCGAACGUUGGGAAUCAAGAGGGUACAGAUUUUCCUUUGGCCCAAGGCGAAGGGGAGAUGCAGCAGAACUUCUACCCCGUUGGACGAACCUCAUCACACGGAUCUGCAAUGAGUUUACCCACGCCCGAGUCAUCCAACGCACUUUAUCUCACCCCGUCACAUGGCCAGCAACCAUUGCAAUCUAUCGGGGCCACGAUGCAGCCAUUUCCGCCUGUUCCAUCGACCUUGGAAUCUUCGCCUGCGGAGAUUGAGAUAAUGCCAUCUCGGCCGAAGCCGCAAUGCUGGGACCACGGCUGCAACGGAAGACAAUUUUCUACAUUUAGCAACCUGCUUCGACACCAGCGGGAGAAGUCUGGUAGCGCAACCAAGGCGAUUUGCCCUCACUGUGGCACCGAGUUCACCAGGACCACCGCACGCAAUGGCCACAUGUCCGGUGGCAAGUGCAAAGGGAAACCCAUCCCCGAAAGUUCAAACCGAGUCAAAAAGGGAUAAGAA